AUGACCAGAGAACAACAGCCACCGCCCUUGUCGACUGAUGUCACCGCCUCUUCGACCAGCAGCCACCACGCCCCACCGAACGCACCACGCCCGCCGCUGCAGCGCCUGCCUCGCAGUGCCGUGCCCCGGUCGCCGCCCAAGGAGGACCCGCGAUCGCCAGGCCCGCGCCCCGAGGACGACGAUGCGUCUGCCACCGACACCGACACCGACAUGAGCGAGGACGAGCACGCCGCGGGCAGCGAUGCCGCUGGCGCGCCGCAGAGCGCAGACGUCGUGCCGCCGGGAAAGGCGUCGCCCGACGAGCUGGAGCUCGAGCGCCUGCGCAACCUGCAGCUGAAGAUUUUGCAGCAGCAGCAGCGCCAGCGCAUGAGGAACGUCUCGGGCAGCACGGGCAGUGCUGGCCUGGGCGCCCGCAGAGUCUCCCCCAUCAAGGAGGAGCCCAUCUCGGCCAUGUCGCCGACCCUCGAGGGCGCCUUUGCCGUCACACCGAGCCCCUUGCCAACAGGAGCAACGACGUCAACCGCGUCGACCGAGUCAACCGAGUCGGCGAGGACCAUCCGCGGAAGUAUGCCACCCACACCGGCUGGCCACCAAGCGCUGCGGACCCCAUCCUACCCAUUCCCCACAGUACCCACCACGCCGCGAUGGGCGUCGUCGUUCCACACGCCCUUUACCAGCCUGUCGCCCACCGUGUCAGCCAUCUACUCAAGAGAGUGGGCGCCGCCAAAGGACUGUAUCGCCUCUGAGUCCAGUACCCCUGCUGCGUCCACGACACCGUUCGCACCAGGCGAGAGGGGACACUCCUUUGCUGACAUUGAAGAUCCUCGCUACCCCAGCCCCAAUCUCUACGAGCUGGUUCUCCAGCUUGGCACGGAACCUGGACUUGCAGCAUGGUGGACCGCCGUGACCACCAUCAUGAGGGAGUACUACGGCGCAGAGAGAGCCACACUAGCUGCUCCUGCAGACGCAUCUGACAUUGAGAACGUGCCAUGGGGCCAGAAGACGACCUACACGGCCACCUUUGGCGAUGACAGCCCACACGCUGCGACAUGGCAGGAAGCAUCAAGCUCCAAGAACAUCAGAGUACAGCAACCCACGCCACAGCCAGAGGAGAGACCACCCAUGACAAUACCCGACCGGAGACCAAAGCUGUUUUCGCACCACUCCUUCGCCGGCUACGAGCGACAGAAAGCUGAGGCACCUACGGACUCGCCCAUCCCAGUCAUGCCUGGGCGACCCCGAGGACCCCUGAGGGCUUCCAGCCAUGCACCGCAGACACCCGCAAGGGAGCACCCUCUUCGACAGGUCUCGCAGGCGUCUUUCGAUGGGUCAUCGUCGCCAAUCCCUGGUUUCCACAGCACCUCCAAUCGUGAUCCAUCGUUUAGUGACCCGGAUUUCUCGUCUGUUGGAGGAGAGCCAAUAACGGCUACCUCCGUCUUCAGCGUCCUGCGCGCACUCGACUACGAACCGGACGCUCUGAUCGAUAACACCGGGGUCAACCGCGUUUUGGAACGAGGGCGAUUGGUCACAUUGACUCGAGAUUACUCAACAUCCAUGUCGACUCCCCGUGAAAACCUGGGCGAGAAAGAGAAGUCGGAAGAGAACAAACCAGCUACCGAAAAAUCUGGCGCCGCAGGACCAGAAGCACACAAGAUGGGGCGGCUCGCUGCCAGGCCAGGAAGUCUCGGUGUGGGUAGCUUUGGGCUACAACCUCGUUACGAAGAAUACGAACAAUAUCCGGCAUCCCCAUGGGCGCAGUCACCCGCACCAUCGCCAGCGAUACAGAAUGACGCAGAAACGAAUCCCUUCUUUGCUACCAGCAAUGUUGACGAGGACACCUUUAAUCCAUCCAAGUCGCCGCAAGACUACGCUCAAUAUGGUGUCGUCGAGGCCAUUGGUGUAGACAGGGCCAGCACCGUCACACACAUUCCACUUAUCCACCCCACUCUGUCUCAAGUUAUGAAUCCUGCUGACACAAGCACACCAUCUCAAACACCAAGACUGUCCCGUCGACAGUCCGAGCAAUCGAUGCAAAGCUCUUGCCAUCAUAAAGAGGGCCAUGUUCGCAGGGCUCCAAUCGCCAUACUCUCGAUCUUAUCGCCUAUCGUCCCUUACCCUCGUAAUCUGACAAACUCGCUCAAGCAUUUCGCACCACAUCUCGCGACGUCCUUCUCAAACGCUUGGCAAUUCACCAAUGCAAUGGUCCAGGUCAACUCGGCAAGGCAGCGGAGGGCAACUGGAUAUGGUCCUGGGAGCAUCAACACCUCAGACCCCGAAAGUUUCGACGAUCUGCUGCAUCUCGACCUGGGAGCUAUUUCGCACUCUGCUCCAGGAAGCGUUACUAGCCCCUCCGACUACUCUGGCCGGUCCAAAAACAGUCCUGGAGGUUCUAUCACCGGCACGCCAGGCUGGGACGCUGCGUCUCUGGGCUUUUCGAGCAAGCAGUCUAUCAGCAGCACACCAGGUCAUCUUGCAGGGAGUGAGGCUGUGGAGAGCUAUUUCGAUGCGAAGAAGAGAACUACGAGGACCACGAGCCAGUCGAAGGUCACUGAGAAGAGGACCGAGAAGAGGGCGAGCGUGAAUCCGGUCGUGGAGUAUUACGAGGAUGAUGCGCUCACCCCGAAGAAUGGCUCGGGGCCCAACCAGGAUGACAGCAACAGCUCGAACUCAAGCCAGGGAACGACAUUGCAACACCACCGCGGACACUCGCUUCUGCACUCUUAUGGUGCUGACUUCGGAUCCUCCUUCCAGUCCCUGCCAGCAGCAACUACUCCCGGCGGCCGCGCGCCUGCUCCUCCUGGGCAUGGAAGGAGGAACUCGAUCACCGAGACUUUGGACAUGCCGCCGCCUUCCGAAAGCCUUCUGCGUACGAUCAUUGACUCUUUGCCUGUGCAGAUAUUCACAGCAGCGCCCACCACCGGUGCCAUCACUUGGGUGAACUCGAAGUUUCUCAUCUAUGGCGGUCAAGACACUCGCCAAGUACUACAAGACCCAUGGGAGUCAAUCCAUCCCGAUGAUCGCGAAUCAUACCUCGAGCAGUGGAAUAAAUCGCUCCGCACAGGACAACAGCUUCAAAAGAAGGUUCGCCUGAAGCGAUUCGAUAACUGCUACAGGUGGUUCUAUGCGCGAGUCGCGCCUCUGAAGAACAAACGUCAACAGAUCGUCCAUUGGAUCGGUACCAACAUGGACUUCCACGAGCAGCAUCUUGCGGAGCUGAACUCUGCUCGACAACAGGAGACCGCCGCCUCUGAGGCCAAGUACAGAGCUCUCGCGAACUCUAGUCCUCAGAUCGUCUUCGUGGUCUCGAACCGCAGAGGCCUCACAUUCUGCAACUCCCAGUGGACUACCUUCUCUGGUCAAGGAGAGAAGGAUGCACUUGUCAACGGCUUUCUGGAGUAUGUACACCCAGACGACAUCAUCAAGUGCAAGCUACCGGAUAUCGGAGAAGACGGCUCGACAAACGUACCGAUCUCCGUACCGCCAGAACAUAGCCGCCACAACUCGCAGAACUCCUCGUCGUCUGAUGACUCGUCGGAGACUGACAGGACGGUCACAAGCCCAGGAUCUAUGGCCGACAAGAUGGACAUGCCACAAGCGAAGCUGUCAAAGUUGGCAAGCACAGGUAUUCUGAAGGUCGCCAAGGACGCUGACGGUCGCGCUUCGUACUCUACAGAAGUCCGCCUCCGCAACAAAGACGGCGAGUACCGAUGGCACCUUGUCAGAAUCCUUCUCGAGAAGGAGCUUGCUGAGGACGUCGCUGAAGAAAGCUGGUACGGCACCGCCACUGACAUCAACGACCACAAAUUGCUCGAGCAGACACUGAAGGAGACCAUGGACGCCAAGACCAGAUUCUUGAGCAAUAUGUCUCACGAGAUUCGUACCCCACUGAACGGUAUCUCCGGCAUGGUCAACUUCCUUCAGGAUAGUCCACUCAACGCGGAGCAGUUGGAGCAUGUCAACAUCAUCAAUGCCAGUACAGCCAGCUUGCUUAACCUGAUCAACGACAUUCUCGACCUCUCCAAGGUCGAAGCUGGUAUGAUCAAGCUGUCCAUGGAAUGGCUGCAUCUACCAUCCUUGUUGGAGGAGGUGAAUGAUCUUAACAUGGGCUUGGCCAUCCAGAAAGGCCUUGAGCUCAACUACCUGAUGGAAGAGGGCGUGCCAUCGAUGGUCAAGGGCGACAAAUUCAGGAUUCGACAAGUACUGCUUAAUGUUGUGGGCAACGCGAUCAAGUUCACGUCAAGGGGUGAGAUCUUUGUACGCUGCAAGCUACAACCUCCUGAGCGCUCUGGACCAUUGGACGAGCACGAGACUAUGGUACGUUUUGAGGUGGUCGAUACUGGACGAGGUUUCACCGAGAGCGAAGCGAAGUAUCUGUUCAAGAGGUUCAGCCAGAUCGACGCCAGCAGUACGAGGCAGCACGGUGGUACAGGUCUUGGUUUGGCCAUCUCUAUGCAAUUUGUUGAGCUGCAUGGAGGGAAGAUGGAUGCUCGCAGUGUAUCAGGCAAAGGUUCUACCUUUUUCUUCACCAUCAAGUUUGGCCUCCCAACACCGACCGACUUUCCCAAACCACUGGUGGCAACGCCUCUCACUCCGGCCACAGAAAUGGCGACCAUCGUACCACCACUACCUGUACAACCGUCACCAUUGCAGAAACCGAUGUUCCCGCAAAUCAGUGGCUCGGCACAGAAUGCGCAGCUCAGGCGUAUCUCCAGCAUCUCUUCAGAUCAGAGUGCCAAGUCUCCACCUGUCAGCUCACCAGCAUCAACGAGAUCGCAAGAGUCGCCGUCGCUAUCGCUUUCGUCUGGUAGCUCAGAUCAUUCCCUCACUAGUGCAGCACUCACUGGCAAAUCGAGCCUGCGGUCUGAGCGUUCAUCGGCGUCGUCCUUUUUCGCAGAAAGUCGUCUCGGAAGUCCGAAUCCAGAGAUCAAUCUGCACAUGCCUAUUAGACGUGCAGAUAGCGAGGACCAUACAUCGCCAGACUCUCUGGCUUCAGAUGCUACUGCGCGUCCUGCAACAGCCAAAGCAGGACCUGUCAUUUCACCAUUAGCCCUACCACCGAUGUACUCCAUUCUGGUCGUUUGUCCUUUGGUGCACAGCAGGGAGGCUACGAUCCGACAUAUUAAAAACACUCUUCCGCAAGGUAUCCCACACCAAAUCACCAGCGAAGAAAGCCUGAUCAGUGCUCAGAGAAUGCUUGGUGGAGAUAAUCCGGUCAUCUUCACUCACGUUGUACUGGUUCUUCACGACACAGCAGAGGUUCAUGCCAUCGUGGAUCAGAUCUUCAGUUCUGUCCAUUACGGCACCACAUCUGUUGUGGUGGUCUCCGACCCGUCACAAAAGAAGGAGCUGAUGAAGAAUGCAUCGGUCUACGACUAUGAACAGCUGGCGGCGGACCGACGACUCCAAUUCAUCUAUCGUCCCUUGAAGCCGUCCAAGUUCGCUGUUAUCUUUGAUCCAGAUAAGCAACGCGAGUCUAGUACGGACCGCAAUCAAGAUACAGCGCAGCAAGUGGUCGUUAGCCAGAAGCUCGUGUUCGAAGAGCUCAAGAGGCGACUUGGCGGCAAGGGUCACAAGGUGUUGCUUGUUGAAGACAACCAGAUCAACCAGACUGUUAUUCUCAAGUUCCUGGCCAAAAUCGACGUGACAACUGAUACUGUUCUCGACGGUGUUCAAUGCACAGACACGGUCUUCGCGAAACCACCAGGGUACUACUCUAUUAUAUUGUGCGAUCUCCACAUGCCAAACAAGGACGGCUACCAAGCCUGCAAAGAGAUCAGACGCUGGGAGAAGAAGCAUGGCUACCGGCGCCACCCCAUCAUCGCGCUCUCGGCCAACGUUCUCGGCGACGUCUACGCAAAAUGCGUCGAGGCCGGCUUCAACUCCUACGUCACCAAACCUGUCGCCUUCAAGGAGCUGUCUCUUGUGAUGACGAAAUUUGUGGAUCCGCUGGAUCCGUCGAAGCCACCGGAACUCAUGAAGCUUAAGAAGAGCUCAUCUUGA